AUGGCGAAGGUGGAGGUGGAGACGCCCGGCGCCUGGAUCGCUGGAGGCCAGCAGGCGCCGGUGGCCCCAGCAGAGGGCCCCGAGGACGACGCGGCGGACGGAUGGGGCGACGCGCUCGACAUUGGUCUGAUUGCCAGCGAGGACAUCGAGCCCACAGGCGCACUUUGUGAGGGUGGCCAGAUCGAUGCGAGCGCGGAUCUGGCAGCUCAGGGCGGUGCAGGCCAGGCGGCACAGGAGGCGGAGUGCGCGGAGGAGGCGGAGGUGGAAGCGCUUGGGGCCGGGGCUGCUGGAGGGCGGCAAAGACCAGAGGCGCCGAACGAUGUGGUCGAGGAGGAGCAGGUGGACGACGAGAAGGAGGGAGGAGGAUGGAGCGAUCUGCUGGACAUCGGCGUGGCGCUGGCCGAGGAGGCAGGGAGUGCAGAGGAGGCGGCCCCGGAGGAGGCUGACGAGGAGAAGCUGGUGGACGGAUGGGGCGAUGCGUGCGACUUGAGCCUGGCUGCCAGCGAUGCCACCGAGCCCACAGGCGCUGUCGCCGGGGGCGGCUUGAUCGAACUGCCUACGGAUCCGCCUGGUCGAGGUACCACAAACCAGGUGGAAAGAGGGAUGGACAGGCCAGAGGGGAUGGAGGCGGAUGCACUUGCCGACAGGACUGCUGAAGUGCAGCAAGGACGGGAUGCAGCGCAGGAGGUUGAUGAGAAGGCUGGUGACGGAUGGGGCGAUGCAUUUGAUGUGUGCUUGAUUGCCAGUGGGGCCGAUGAGCCCAUUGGUGCCCUCGUCGAUAGCAGGCUGAUGGAUACGCCCAUGGAUCCAGCUGUGCGAGACGCCUCAGGGGCGGAGGCGGCGACGUUCGGGGCCAGGACUGAUGGACUUCAGCAAGCACCAGAGGUUCCAGAAGAGGUUGCCGAUGAGACCGUGACUGAUGGCUUGGGCGAGGCGCUCGACCCUGGUCCAGCUGCCGACAAGGGCACUGAGCCCACAGCGUCACUCGUUCAGAGCGCGUUCAUCGAGAUGCUCAGCACACAAAACGACAACAACAACAACAAGAACCACAACAGUUUGACCGAUAUGCCCACAGACCGAAUGGCUCAAGGUAACGCGGGCCAGGCAGGACAGGAGGUGAGGCAGGCAGCAAUGGAUGCGCAGGCGGAUGCGCCUAGCGGUGGGACCAGAGCGCAGUCAGAUUCACACGCGCCGAUGGAGGCUGAAGAGGAGAAUGUGGCCGACGGGUGGGGAGAUGCGUUCGACCUGUCUAUGGUUGCCGGCGAGACCUGCGAGCGCCCUGGAGCACUCGCCAGGGACAGUUUGAUCAAGUUGCCCACGGAGCUGGGAUUCCAAGACGCCACAGGCCAGGUGGGAACGGGGACGGAUAGUCAAGAGGAGAGGGAGGCGGAGGCGCUUCGCGACGCAGGCACACUCGCUGGGAACAGUUUGAUCGAAUUGCCCACGGAUCUGGCCGAUCAAGACGCCACAGGCCAGGUGGAAAAGGGGGCGGGAAGGCACGAGGAGAUGGAUACGGAGGCGCUUGCCGACAGGACCGCUGGAGAGCAGCAAGGACUGGUUGCAGCGGAGGAGGCUAUUGAGGAGAAGGUUGGAGACGGAUGGGGUGAUGCAUUCGAUGUGUGCUUGAUUGCCAGUGACGCCGAUCUGCUCACAGAUGCUCUCGUCGAUAGCAGGCCGAUCGAUACGCCAUUGGAUCCAGAUGAGCAAGACGCUGCGGGCCGGGUAGAACAGAGUACCGAAGAGCUUGUGGCGGAGGUGGAGACGCCAGUGGCCAGGACCGUUGGGAACCAACAGGCAUCACAGGCCAUUGAGGAGAUAGACGAGGAAAAGAUGACUGCAGGAUGGGGCGGUGCACUCGACGUUGGUUUGGAAGUUGGCGGUGGCACUGAGCCCACAAGUGCACUCCCCAAGAAUGUGUUGACCGACAUGCCCAGUGAUCUGUCAGCCGAGAAGGCAGAGAAGGCAGAGGAGGUCGAGGUGGACGCGGUUGAGCCGGGGACCGCUGGAUCGCAAGAAGGGCAAAGGGAAAAACGGGCUGCAGCUGAGGAAGUGGGCGACGGCUGGGGAGAUGCGCUCGACCUCUGCCUGAUCCCUGGCGAGGCAGACGAGCCCGAAGGUGCAGCCGCCGAUGGCAGUCGGAUCGGUGAGCCCCUGGGGCUGGGAGCGCAGGGCGCCUCAGGCUGGCCGCAGGUGGAGGCGGAGGAGGCCGAGGUGGACGAGCGGGCCCGGGGGCACCGUGUCGGAGCGCAGGAGCGAGCGGAGGCCCGGGAGGAGGAGCGAGCCGAGGCCCCGGAGGAGGAGGAGGUCGGCGACGGGUGGAGCGAUGCGCUCGACGCGCGUCUGACUGCCAGGGGGGCCGAGGACGUGCCAGGGCCGAGCGGCGAGGACGGCUCGGUGGACGGGCCCACGGAUCCGGGAGCUCGGGAGUGCGCAGGCCCUGCGCCGAAGGAGGCGGAGAGGGCAGAGGUGGCGGAGGGGCCCGGGGGAGGGGCUGGAGUGCAGCGAGGUUUGGAGACGCAAGACGGGGCGGAGGAGGCCGCACCCGCUGGACGGGCAGAUGCAAUCGACCUGUGCCUGGUGGCCGGCGAGACCCAUUCUCUCAGUGGUCCUUCCUUCGAGGGCGGUAUGGUCGGGACGCCCGUGGGCCUGGGAUCUCAAGACGCCGCGGGCCAGGCGGGAAGGGAGGUGGGCAAGGCGGAAGAUGUGCAGGUGGAGGCCCUCAGAGAUGUGAUCGGAGCGCAGUCAGAUUCGCCGGCCCCGAGGGUGGCUGACAAGGAUGUCGCUGGGGAGGGGAAGGAGGCCGCCGCGGAGGACGCGGCAGACGGGACGGGGCCGCGAGGAGGGAGGGCGGCCGAGGCGGAGGCGGAGGGCCCUGCCAGAGUCCGAGAGGCAGAGGCUGCCGAGGCGGGCCCGGGAACGCAGGCUACGGGUGUGCCCGCGGCGGGCGUGGCGCCGGGGGAGGCGGAGCAGGCGGAGCGCCUUGCCGCAGGGCGCGGGCCAGAGGCUGCAGAGGAGGAGUUGGCGAGCUUGAGUCUCGAGUUGCAGCAGCUGCGGCAGAGCUCAGAGCAGCAGAUGGCGGAGGCGGAGACUCAGCGCCAGGCACUCCAGGAGGCCAGCAAGGACGCGGAGGCGGAGGUGGCGAGCUUGCGCGUCGAGCUCCAGCAGCUGCGGCAGAAGCUCUGAGCAGCAGCUGGCGGAGGCGGAGACUCAGCGCCAGGCACUCCAGGAGGCCAGCAAGGACGCGGAGGCGGAGGUGACGAACCUGCGCGUCGAGCUCCAGCAGCUGCGGCAGAGCUCUGAGCAGCAGCUGGCGGAGGCAGGGGCUCAGCGCCAGGCCCGGCAGGAGGCCAGCGGUGAGGCGGAGUCCGAGGUGGCGAGCCUGCGUUUCGAGAUGCAGCAGCUGCGGCAGAGCUCUGAGCAGCAGCUGGCGGAGACGGAGGCUCAGCGUCAGGCCCUCCAGGAGGCCAGCAAGAAGGCGGAGUCCGAGGUGGCGAGCCUGCGCGUCGAGCUCCAGCAGCUGCGGCAAAGCUCUGAGCAGCAGCUGGCGGAGGCGGAGACUCAGCGCCAGGCCCUCCAGGAGGCCAGCAAGGAGGCGGAGGCGGAGGUGGCGAGGCUGCGUCUCGAGAUGCAGCAGCUACGUCUAAGCUCUGAGCAGCAGCUGGCGGAGGCGGAUACUGAGCGCCAGGCCCGGCAGGACGCCAGCAAGGACGCGGAGGCGGAGGUGGCGAGCCUGCGUCUCGAGAUGCAGCAGCUGCGGCAGAAGCUCUGAGCAGCAGCUGGCGGAGGCGGAGACUGAGCGCCAGGCCCUCCAGGAGACCAGUAAGGACGCGGAGGCGGAGGUGGCGAGCCUGCGCGUCGAGCUCCAGCAGCUGCGGCAGAGCUCCGACCGAGAGCUGGCGGAGGCGGAAGUUCAGCGCCGGGCCCUCGUGGAGGAGCUGCGAAAGGAGGCCAACGACCGGGAGGCUGGCGCGGAGCGCCGCGCGCAGGACGCCGACCGCGGCAACCAGCUCGCGGCCCAGGUCGAAGCGCUCGAGGUGCAGCUGAAGAGCCUCGGGGCGCAGCUGGAGCAGGCCCGGGCGGCCACGGUGAGCCUGGAGGACACGCACUCCAGCGAGAGGCGCUCGAUGGAGGAGGCGGCCGAGCGCACGCUGAGGCAUGCCCGCGAGGCGCACGCCGAGGAGGUGCGGGCCCUGGAGGAGCAGGCCGCGCGGCAUGCCGCGGAGCAGGACCAGGCCAGCGCCGCGAGGCUGGAGGCAGAGCUCAGCGGCGCGCGGCAGCAGGCGGCUGCCGCCCUGCAGGCCCUGGAGGGCCAGCUGGGGGAGGCCCGCCUGGAGGCCAAAGGCUCCAAGGCG